CAUUGAAUAUACCAGAUAUGAUUGAGCCUUAAGCUGUCGCGUAGCAAAAGUCCGGCAUUUAGUCUAAAUCGGCGUUUCUACGCUUCAGUACGCACUGAUUUUAUCUCUAGUCCUACAAAAUGAUACAAAUUAAACAUAAGGCUAGCGGAAAAACGCUUAAAAUCAAUGCAUUUUGGUUACGUGACCAUUGUCGUUGCGGUGACUGCUACAAUACGGAGACGAAACAACGCAAAUACAAUCUGCUGAAUAUACCGAAGUCAGUGAAACCAAUUAGAGCUCAAUAUAUCAAUGAUGAGCUGCAAUAUGAAGUGCACUGGAGUGAUGGCCACACAUCCAUCUAUCAUAUUGAUUUCCUACACGACGUCCAAGUUGAACACGUAAUAUCACAUGCCCAAGAGUCGACUGUGCGCAUACCCUGGAAUCAUGACUUCAUAAUGGCACACGAAGAGCACUUGCGCACCACACUCGCUGAGUUGGUCACUUCAGAAGAAUCAGUGCGGAAAAUUGUGCAAAGUCUGAUACGCUAUGGCAUUGCUUUUAUUGAUGGCGUGCCGCUCAAUACUACAAUGACCGAAAUGGCUGUGCGUCGCAUUUUUCCGCCGAUGAAAACAUUUUUUGGUGAAAUGUACACUUUCUCAGAUGUACAGGAUCAUGCAGACACCGCUUACACGAAGCAAUAUCUCGGUUUGCACACCGACAAUACUUACUUUUGUGAUGCUGCGGGCCUUCAAUCACUGCACUGCCUUCAACAUGUCAAUGGUACGGGUGGUGAAAGUUUCUUCGCUGAUGGUCUGCAUGCAGCACUGGAGCUAAAACGACUUAAUCGGCGUGCAUUCGAGAUACUCACACGUGUACCGGUUCCCGCCGAGUACAUUGAAGAGGGUCAACAUCACAAGCAUUCGGCGCCUAUUAUACGUGUCGAUCCGGUGAGUGGCGAAAUAGUGCAGCUGCGCUUGAAUGUGUACGAUCGUGCAGUCUUCGAUAGCAUUCCACAAGAACAAAUGCAAGAUUUCUAUGAUAGUUUUCGUGAUUAUUUGGAAAUUGUACAGCGCAUUGAUAAUGAGUGGAAUUUCAAGCUGCAACCUGGCACGGUGGUGAUUUUCGAUAAUUGGCGCGUAUAUCACGGACGACACGCGUACACAGGUCAACGCACGAUGACCGGUUGCUAUGUGCAGCGUACAGACUUCCUGAGUAAGGCGCGCGUUUUGGGCAUCAUAGACUGACUUGUGCAACAUAAAAUAUAAUGUAAUUCAAUAACCAUUUAUUUAUGUUAUAUUUUUAUGAAUAAAACAGAUGAGCUUCACAUUGCUUUAAUGAAAUA